AUGAACCUAGAGAGGAACAAGGAGGAGAAGAAGUUGCUGCUAUACCAGAAGAAGUACUUUCAAAAGUUGCGGGAGAGGUUUGGAGGGCAAUGCAAGACCAAACCAGUGACAGCACCUCUCAGCAGCCUUGCGGAUAAGGAGGUCGAUGUGGGAGCAGAAAUUGAGGCAUGGGGUAGCAAGGAGAAAGCGCUCAAAGCUUACCAAUCCAUGGUAGGCUCAGUCAUGUACCCAAUGUCAUGCACACGGGUUGAUGUGGCCUACGCUGCAAGUUUUCUUGGGCAGAGGGUGUUGCAGCCAGAGGGACACAAGUGGAAGGAGAUGGAGCGGACUAUCACUUACCUUCUGCAGCGGGAUGAUGAGGGGCUUUUGUUUGAAGGAGGAGAGGAGAGUCUAGAGCUAGUGGGAGGCGCAGCACUUGAAGCGCCGGGAUUCACGCACCUAUCGUCUCUCGCCACGCUCUCCGUGGACAUGUCGGACCAGGAGGAGCUGGAUCUCUCCAGCCUCGAGCACCUGCCAGCGUUCGCCAACCUCUCUCUGUGCGGCGAAACGGAGCUCGUUCUCGAAGGCGAGGACGCGUAUCCCGUCUCGUUCGCCCACAUACCUUUCCUUGAGUCGCUGGAAUUCAACUACAGCACUCCACGGUUCGACCUGCUGUUUCCGCGAGGAGUUUCGUGCAGCCGUCUCGAGCGGCUGCUUCUCAGCUGCUCUGACAAGCUCGAGCGCCUCCCUGACGACAUCGGAAAGCGGCUGCCACGCCUUCGGGAGUUGAUCAUCUGCGCCUCCCCUGAUCUAUCCGAGCUGCCUCAUCACUUCUCUUCCCUCAGCUGCCUCCUGAAGCUGACAAUCUCCGAGGUCAACGUGGUCAGCCUACCUGAAAGAUUUGGAAGGCUGCCCGUUUUGAGAGAGUUGUCGAUGCAGCAAGUGCUCAUCUCAGGUCUGCCGGAAUCUUUCUCUCAGCUCUCAAUGCUGGAGGUCUUGAAUCUGGUUGACUGCCGUUCAAUGGCGGCGUUGCCUGCAAGGUUCGGCAGCCUCCAUGCACUCAAGUCCCUCUGCAUCGCCAACUCGCCAAAGCUGGGUCUUCCGGAAGACAUAGGAGGGCUCACCGACCUUCACACUCUCCGAGUGACUCUAAAUCACGUACAAGAGCUGCUGCCGUGCUCGUUCACGCAGCUCAAUGCUGCACGCAUGAAGGCACUUCCGGAUGAUUUUGGAUCGGCCUUGCAGCAGCUGAGGCAGCUGCGCGUAGAGCAGGCUGCGGAACUGAGAGGGCUGCCAGACACUCUCACCCAGCUGCACUGGCUGACCUCCCUGGAAGUGCAUGCACCCAAGCUGGCUUCGCUUCCAGAUGGCAUUGGCGCCUUGUCCCGGCUGCGCCAGCUGAAUCUGGCCCACUGCACAUCGCUCACACGCCUCCCUUCCUCCCUCACCCGCCUCUCCUGCCUCCACAAGCUUAGCCUUGGCUACACCCCCGUGCGCUCUCUGCCCUGCCACUUCGCCCAUAUGAGCCGCCUCAAGGCUCUUGACCUGGAAUCCUGCAAGCACCUCGAGUCGCUGCCUGACGUUCACCCAGCUGCAGAUGCUGCAUAG